UUUUAUUAUGAAAUACGUGAUGAAAUCUUGUUUUAACCGGAAGAGCCUGUCACCGGCACACACGUUUCUCAGCAAUAACCGAAGCAGCAGACAUCAUGGGAGAGCAGCUGAGUCCUGAUGAGAAGUUCCAGCUCAUCACCAGGAACCUUCAGGAGGUUCUUGGUGAGGAGAGGUUGAAGGAGAUCCUGAAGGAGAGGGAAUUGAAGGUUUACUGGGGAACAGCAACCACAGGCAAACCCCAUGUGGCUUACUUUGUCCCCAUGUCAAAGAUCGCUGACUUCCUGAAGGCGGGCUGUGAGGUGACCAUCCUCUUUGCUGAUCUCCACGCCUACCUGGACAACAUGAAGGCUCCCUGGGAGCUGCUGGAGCUCAGGGUGAAGUAUUAUGAGCAGAUCAUUAAGGCCAUGUUGGAGAGCAUUGGAGUUCCCCUUGACAAACUCAAAUUUGUCAAAGGCACAGACUUUCAGCUCAGCAGAGAAUACACUCUGGAUGUUUACCGACUGUCAUCCAUGGUCACUGAACAUGAUGCAAAGAAAGCAGGUGCUGAGGUGGUCAAACAGGUUGAGCAUCCUCUUCUGAGUGGUCUGCUGUAUCCUGGACUACAGGCACUGGAUGAGGAGUACUUAAAAGUAGAUGCUCAGUUCGGGGGUGUGGAUCAGAGGAAAAUAUUCACAUUAGCAGAGAAGUACCUGCCCUCUCUUGGGUACACCAAACGUAUCCACAUGAUGAACCCAAUGGUGCCUGGACUGACCGGGGGAAAGAUGAGCUCCUCUGAGGAGGAGUCCAAGAUUGACCUGCUGGAUAAGAACCAAGAGGUGAAGAAGAAGCUAAAAAAGGCAUUCUGUGAGCCUGGAAAUGUUGAGAAUAAUGGAGUUCUGUCCUUCGUCAAGCAUGUGCUUUUCCCGCUGCAUUCAGAGUUUGUGAUUAAAAGAGAUCCAAAGUGGGGUGGCGACAAAGUCUACACUGACUAUGAGGAAGUGGAGAAGGACUUUGCUGCAGAGGAAAUCCAUCCUGGUGACCUGAAGGCUUCAGUAGAGUUAGCUCUUAACAAGCUGUUGGACCCCAUCAGGAAGAAGUUUGAAACCCCAGAGUUGAGGAAACUGACAACAUCAGCUUACCCAGAGCCCUCUAAAAACAAAGGAGGAGCGAAGGGCAACCCUAAACAAACCGCAGAUGAGGAGGAGGUCAUCCCAUCCAGACUGGACAUCAGAGUAGGCAAAGUCAUCAGUGUAGAAAAGCAUCCAGAUGCAGACUCGCUAUAUUUAGAGAAGAUUGAUGUGGGGGAGGAACAGCCACGGACUGUAGUGAGUGGACUGGUGGCCUACAUCUCCCAGGAGCAGCUUCAGGACCGUCUUGUAGUGUUGCUUUGCAACCUAAAGCCCCAGAAGAUGAGGGGGAUUGAAUCCCAGGCUAUGCUGCUCUGUGCUUCAAUUGAGGGAGAGCCCAGGAAAGUGGAGCCUUUGGAUCCACCAGAAGGAUCAGCACCAGGAGACCGUGUUUUUGUAGAAGGUUAUGAAUCUGGCAAACCAGAUGAUGAAUUGAAACCAAAGAAAAAGGUGUUUGAGAAGUUACAGGUGGAUCUGAAGAUCUCAGGCGAGUAUGUUGCACAAUGGAAAGAGCAGAAUCUGAUGACCAAACUAGGACAGAUUACCUGUAAAACACUGAAAGGUGGAAAUAUUAGCUAGACCGUCUUCACCAUUUUUCUUAAAAUCUUCAAAGCUUGAGUUUCCAUGACAGCCCAAUAUCCUCAUGACAAUUACACAGUGUCAGGUGUUACUCAUCAUAGCCAUCAAGAACUGCUAACUGACUCUGAUGGAAAAACAAAUGGCUUAUAAUGCCAUUAUUUAAUUUCUACUGUCUCAUUUAGCCAUAUCAACCUGUAAAUGAUUUAAUAGCACACAAUUACUGCAGCAGAAUACAUAUGGGUAUCGUCUAUGCUUUACAUUGCAUGUAUUGCCGUCCAAGAUGUUUUACGCAUUAAGUACUGCAGUAAAUAAUAUCAUGCUCAUUUGUUUAAAUGACAAAUGAAGAAUCUUGCAGGAGUUCAUCUGUUGUCCUCAAACUCAGGUCUUCCUGUGGUGCCAUUUAUGGAAAUAGAUCACUGCUUACAAUGAUCAGUCUCCAGUCUGACAAUUUUUAAACUAUUUAAACAUCAAUGGAAACGGUUCAGACAUGAACAAUCUACAUACAUAAACUGUUAUAGGUAAAUAUUUUAGGAUCAGUGUAGCUUAGUUCACAAGGAAACACCUCAAAUUUCAUGCAAUGUAACAUUCAGAACUCAUCUAAUGUUAACCAAACUCACUGAAAUAAACGAUGAUUCAUAACCA